CACACACACACGCGCACACAUAUACGCGCUCGCGCGCGCAGACGGAGACAGAGACGGGGAGAAAGACAGUGAGCGCGAGCGAGCGAGCCAGCCAGCCAGCGAGCGUGUGUGUGUGCGUGCGCGCGCUCGCGGUAAACGGGCCUCGGCUUCACUCGGACAUUAUACACACACGCACGCGGACAGAGGAGCGGCAAGCGGAUGACCGGUACCCCACCGCGACAGCUCUCCCUGCGGCUUGUGAGCGUGAGGGCAGCAUGAGACUGCCCGUGCUGCCGUGAUGAGCGUCAGACGAGAGAUGACCCGCUCCGGCCUCUUCCUGUUCCUCCUGUGUGCGCUGCCUGGCGCCCUGGCCGCCACGGAAAAGAGCGUGGGCAGUAAGGAGGAGUACUACAGCGCCACGGUAAACGCCACCGUGCUGGACAGCAGAGGCAACCCAAAGCGGCUGAUAUCCAAAGACGACGGGCGGUACGGGCAGAACUCGCCAAAGGUCGAGGCCAAAGGAAUCGUCCUGACGCCGGUAGCCAUUAACGGGGUGGUGGACAUGCAGGGCUGUUGUCCGUACACUCGUUUCGUGAUCCCGCCGAAGACCACGCACUGGGUGGCCCUUGUGCAGAGGGGGAAGUGCACGUUUAAGGAGAAGAUUCUGAAGGCCGCAGCCUUUAACGCCUCCGCCGUGCUAAUCUACAACAACAGCUCCAAAGAGGACACGGUCACCAUGGCCCACGAAGGAACCGGAGAUACAGUAGCGGUGAUGAUCACGGAGGCGUUCGGGAAGGAGAUCCUGAUUCCGCUGGAGCGGAACGAGACCGUGCUGGUGUCGGUGAUGGUUGGUCAGCGCGGUCCGGCCAAGAACAUCAACCGUGGAUCGCUGGUGUUCGUCUCCAUCUCCUUCAUCGUCCUGAUGAUCAUCUCCUCAGCGUGGCUCAUCUUCUACUUCAUCCAGAAGAUCAGAGACACCAGCACGAGGGACCGCAGCCAGCGACGACUUGGGGAUGCUGCCAAGAAGGCCAUCAGUAAGCUGACUACCCGCACGGUGAAGCGAGGGGACAAGGAAACGGGUCCGGACUUCAAUCACUGCGCCGUGUGCAUAGAGGGCUACCAGCUGAACGACGUGGUCUGCAUUCUGCCCUGCAAACACGUGUUCCAUAAGAUGUGUGUGGACCCCUGGCUGAACGAACACUGUACCUGCCCCAUGUGCAAACUUAACAUCCUCAAAGCCCUGGGCAUCUUGCCAAACUUGCCGUGUGUGGAUAAUGUGGCUUUUGAUAUGGAUCGAGUGUCCCGCAGUCAGAGCUCCAGUCAGCGGGGGGCGUUGGUGGACCUGUCAGAGAGCGUCAGUCUGGAGCCUCUGAGAUUGUCCGGCUCCACCCAGCUGCCCUCAGACUCCGACCUGACCUCCCGCACCGACAUCAACAUCGCAGUCACCAGUGGACACUUCUUCAGCCGGAACUCUGGUUCCCCCCGCACUGUGGUCUGCGAAAUGGAGCUUCCUGACAUCCAGACGUCUCUGGACCUGUAUGACGAGAACAAGUCAUGAGAACACGCCUCCUUGUGCUCUUGGCCCCUCCUCCCUGUGCCCCUCCCACCUCCCAGCCUGAGGGGGGCAGCACUUUCCUACUGAAAACUAGAGAAACUCGGACAGUGACACCGAUGACCGUGGAGAAUGGAGGUUUAACUGCUGGAGAAUGUACUCCUGACUGGAGGGUUCAGGCCGGUUAGGGCCGGACACAGAAACCCUCCUCACACUUCCAGACCUUUAUUUCUUUCUUUCUCUCGUUGACAUUCUCAGACUCUCUUUUGCGAGAUUUUCUCUGUUCGUUCGUUUAUUUUCUCUUUUCGAUUCCAGCGCCGCCUGUCUGUCUAUCUGUCCGUCUGUCUGUCUGACCGAACUCGUUUCAUGUACGUUCUCUGCUGAUCAUUGUUUUUAUCGUUCAUCCACUUAUAUGACUCUGAUGGACAGUCUAAACUGGUGGAUGGACAUUUGAGCCGCUCUCGUAGCUAAAAGCCUCAGAACUCUUCUUCUUCUUCCACGUGAGCUAAACAGAGCUCACUGCCCUCAGUGCUAACCGGUUAGCAUUCGAAACCAAACUUCUGUUGACAAAUCAGCAUUUCUUCCCUUGUAGAUCGAAGCACAAGUAUUCCUCUGUACAUAGAAAACGCGUUUUAGACCUGUAUCUAACGGCAAGCCUGGAAUAACUACACUGAGUACUACUCAGCCCCUUAUACAGGGGCCAAAUGUAUACAUUAUAUGUCCAAAAGUGUCCUGACACCCCUUAUAAAUAGUGGAUUCUGCUAUAUUAAGGUAUAAUGAAUGUCCAGCCAAGUAAUCGAAAUUAGAUUAGGAUGUAGGAAGUAGGAUGGGACAUAAUGGAGAAGUUCAGAGUCUAGGUCACUAAGGGUCACCUAGAGAGGUCCAAAGCUCCUAAGAGCUUUUUUUUAACUUAGGAUAUGUUGGGGUAAUAAUAAUAAAGCUCCAUUAAAAAAAUACCUUUUGGCAUGAGUUAAAAUAAUGAAGCUUGGAGUUAUCUAUUAGGAUCUAUAAAGACAGACGAAGAUGAAGAUAAAAACACCUUCAGGCUGUAUGUAAUAAAGCUCAACUAAACUUCUAUGGGAUGAGUUCAAUGUAAUGGCACAUUAACACCUUGAAUGUGAGCAAAACAUACGUCCAGGUGAAACCAUGUUGGCAUGAUGACGCUUCAUUAAACUGCUUUUUGAUACAAUGAAGCGGUUAUGCUCCAAAAAAAUAAAAAAUAAAUAUGAUGAGUUAGAAAAAACAAACAAAAGGACCGUUUAUAACAUCUCAGCAAUAAAUUGAAGCGAGAAAGCUUCAUUUUUUUAAAACAUCUCUGGGAUGUGUCCGAAUGAGGACCUUCAUUGAGAACAUACUACUAAUGGGUUAUGUUUGAGUGAUAAAGCUCCAUCAGUAACAUGUCUUUGGAUGAGUUGGAGUGAUGAAAUGCCAUUGAAAGCAUCUUUAGCAUAAGUUAAAGUGAUGGCUCUACAUGAAAAAUCACCUUUAGUGUGAGCUAAAGCAAUGGAGCUCUAUUCAAAACACUUCUGGGAAAAGUUAGCUUGAUGAUGCUCUACUAAAAUUUCUUUGGGAUAAGCUGAAGUGAUAAGAGUUUGGGUGACAAAGUGCCAAAAGUUAAGAACAUCUUCAAGAUUAAUUGUAGUGAUGAUGCUCCAACAGACAAAGGUGACUCGACUGCAAACUAAAGGUGACUCGACUGCAUUAAGAACAUCAAGUGAUGAAGCUCCAUUUUGUAAGUUAUUUAUUUGAACUGAGAACUGAGAUCUUUGGGUUGAGUUGGAGAGGAAUCGCUCUGUGAUUAACACCCCUGGAAUGACAAAAUUGCAGUAAGAACAUCUUAAGCAGCUUUUGAAAGAUGGAGUGCCAUUAUUGAUCCAUACUGUACAAAAAUCUUAUAUUGGCAGGUUAAAGUACCUGGAAUGUGGGCAAUAACUGAAGCAAUGUUGUCUACAUUUACAGUAAAUACACAUUUUUACAUGCAAAGGCUUCAGUUUAAGAGUGCAAAUCUAAUCCAUCCUCUCACCCUGACCUCACAAAGCUGAGCUCUCACAGCUGAAUGCAAUCCAGCCCUCACAGCAAUGUCCCAAGCCUUUCUUGAAAGGGUCGCGUCUGUUCCUACUGCAAAGGAAGACAAAUCUUUUGGUUUAAGAUGAAAAACGUGGAUUUAGAGUGGGUGAACUGAUGUACGGAUACUUUUAGACAUAGACUGUAUAUGAAUAUAUCCAGUAUUUGCAUAUAUAUAUAUAUAUAUAUAUUUAUAUAUAUUUACAUAUAUAUAUCUAUACAUUCAUAUAUAUCUCUGAAGUGACCUCUUAGCACUGUCUGUCUCUCCUGGACCUCGUCGCUCGUCUCUUUGUGUUCCGUUUUUUUGUAUUUUGAAGGUGAUGGUCUGGGAUCACACAGGGCACCGGUCAGUCUGCUCUGGUUCUGGGUCACUGUAGCUCUGUUUUUCCUCCAGAUGGGUGCAAUCAGGUUAGGGUUAGAGGUGGCGGGGGGUGUAGUACCUGUAACCUGGGACUGGUUCUAGACUCUGGGGCUCUGUGUGAGAACUGGUCCUGUUUGUGUUGGUGGUGCAAAUGGAUGACCUGUGUUGCGUUCUGCCUCAGCAUUAAAACUCGUCAUAACUGC